CGUAGUCCAAAGCCCAGGCUCCAAAACCGCAACCAAAUGUCCUCCUCCACUGCCCCGUCCCCGUCGCCGUCCCGCCUGGUGCCGCAGCUCCUGGUGGCCCUCCUCCAGCGCCGCCGCUUCGACGCCGCGCUCCGCCCGUCCCCCACCUUCCGCGGCUUCUCCCCGUCCUCCAUCGCCGCCUCGCUCGCCGCCAUCCCGCGCCUCAUCCUCCCGCGCUCCGCGGGCCGCCUCUGCCCGCAGCGGCCCUUCCCCGCCCCGUCCUCCUCCUACCACCGCCGGGUCGCCGCCGCGCUCACCCUCGCCUUCCUCAACUGGUCCCACUCCGACGCCGCCAACCCGCGCGCCGUCCCGCUCACCGAGGCCCCGCUCCGCGCCGCCGCGCUCUCCCUCGCCCGCGCCCGCGCGCUCCCCGCGCUCUUCGGCCUCCUCCGCGAGCACGCCCCGCUCGUCUCCACCGCCGCGCUCACCGACGUCAUCCGCGCGCUCGGCGAGGAGGGCCUCCCGCGGCAGGCCCUCGCCGCCUUCCACCGCGCGCGCCAGCUCCGGUGCUCCCCGGACGCGCAGUGCCACAACACGCUGCUCGCCGCGCUGUGCCGGAACGGCCGGUUCAAGGAGGCCAGGUUCCUGCUCGACCAGAUGGAGCGCCCCGGCGCGCGCUGCAGGCCUGACUCCUACACCUACACCGUGCUCAUUUCCUGGUACUGCCGGAUCGGGGCGGGGACCGGGUGCCGGAAGGCCGCCAGGAGAAGGAUCUAUGAGGCCGGGAGGCUGUUCCGGAGGAUGGGGGAGAAGGGGCUGGAGCCGGACGUCGUGACCUACAACUGCUAUAUCAAUGGCCUCUGCAAGACGUACCGCGUGGAGCGUGCGCACGAGGUGUUCGAUGAAAUGGUGAAGAAGGGGUGCUUGCCAAACCGGGUGACAUAUAACUCGUUUGUGAGGUAUUACUGUGCGGUGAAUAAGGUUGACAAGGCCGUUGAGUGGAUGAGGGAAAUGGUGGCGAGGGGGCAUGGGAUGGCGACAUCAAGCACGUACACACCUCUUAUACAUUCGCUAUACGAGAGUGGGCGGAUCGGGGAUGCAAGGCGGUUCAUGAUCGAGAUGGCGGAAAGCGGGCACCUGCCAAGGGAACACACCUACAAGCUUGUGAAGGAUGCAACUGAAAAGGCCGAUGAGGAGGCCUUGCCAGCAGAGCUGUGUCACUCCAUUGAGGAUGGCAUCAAGGAAAGGUUUCAGCAUGUACUGCGUAUGAAACCCAUAAUGCGGCCAGUGACAAGAUAAUCAGGAUCAACAUUGAGGUUGUGCAAACUUAACAUAGGAGAGGUUCAUCCUGCACACAGAAGCUUCUUGAUUGAGAAUUCCAAGGGGCAUGCUAAUGCAUGUGUAAGCUGUUGAAGACUGUGAUCGGGAGUGCCCUGGGUAGAAAGCUUUGUUGAAAGAGCAUUGCCUUUGAGAGUAGAUGAUGAUCCCAGGGGAAAAUCACUUGAUGAAAAUGAGAUUGAAGCCCAAAAUACCACCAAUGAGAACUCACAGGAUUGUUCUGAGGCAAAGAUGAAGUGGAUUUGUGCAGAAGGUAAAUGUUGUGUGAGAUUCUCCUCACAAUCAUAAUUGAUGCGGGAAUAAUUGCUGUGCAACAGCCAACAAGCCUGGCCUGUUGUUGUUUACAAGUGGUAAAACCUUUGUUACUGUACAUUUCUGGGAUCAUGUAGUUUGCAGCAUGACCAUCAUAAAUUUGUAUUUCGCAUUUUCUUUUAUAUACAUUCAUCACAAGGAAUUUGUUUUUCUCA